AUGCUCCAUCUGCUGGAGGAAUUGGUGACAUCCAACAUACCAAGCAUGCCGAAGAUAAACUGUUGCAUGGGCAGUCUUGGUCUGGUACUGCGCUCGCUGAGCAAACGCCAGCGGCAGAAGUUGGCGCCCCUUAUGGUCCAACUGUUGAUUCAUGAGAACAUUUCCGGCAAAGUCGACAACACAACAGUGGUUUGGAGGCUGAAGCUGCUGUGGCUGGCUGAUGAAGACCCCACUGAAAACUAUGCAGAGGCACAACAGCUGCUGCGGAGUCUUGAGAAGUCCCACGAAGAGCUGCGGCCGGAUGUGCGGGUUCUGUUGCACUGCAGCUGA